GCGAUGAAAUUGAACGACAACAACAGCAAGGCAUCGACACGACAUUAUUCUCUUGUUUGAAAAAGUUGUAAAGCGCCUUGGGUUCUGUGAUACAAACGUUGAUUUGUUUCAUCACAAAAUGGUGACAAGAAAACGAAAUGUAGCUGGAGGCCAGGGCCAGAAAAAUAACGAAGAAACUUUAACGAAACAAGAUAAAGUAACAAGCAAUUCAGCUUUGAAAAAUGGUGUCGGGGUAUCGAACGAGAACCAUGCUGGCUAUUCGAAAAGAGCAAGAAAAAUUAUGGAUAGGUCUUAUUUAUGGAACUUAAUCGGAUUUUUUGCAUUUUUUGGUUUCAGCUACUUUGUUUUGGACUAUUUCAGAGACUUAUACGACGAUUCAAUGGCCCCUCACGAUGAAGAGUUCACCCGAUUGUUCAUAGAAGUUCCUUGCUCAAAUGAUUAUGGAAAAAAAUUCAAGGGUUGCGCUCCAAAACGGUGCGGAAGAUGUGUGAUGGAUAAUUUGUUUGAAGAAGAGCAAAUAAGCAAAUUGAGGGAGUUAGCAGAGAGGGGAAUGGCACAUGGUGGUUCAAAUGGUGGUGCAAGUGUCUUGGACUUGCAUAGUGGUGCUCUUAGUAAGGGGGAAAAAUUCAUUAAUAUUUAUGGCAUGCAAACAAAAAUAUUCACUGAAGAUGACUUUAAGUUGUACAAAGAAAUGAAAAGCAAAAUACAUGAAACUAUCACGAAAGAAUUUGAUAUUCAAAAGUCAAAACUGUAUUUAACCAAUCCUACCUUUUUCUCAAGAAUGGAUUCACGGCCAGCAAAAACCAAACAUGAUGAAUACUGGCACCCACAUAUUGAUAAAAUUACUUACAAAACUUUUUAUUACACAUCUUUGCUGUACCUCAGUGAAUAUGGAGAGGACUUUAAUGGUGGAAGAUUCAACUUCAUUGGAAAAAGAUCAAACAAAACUGUUGAACCCAAAAGAGGGCGACUUUCAUUUUUUACAUCAGGGUCUGAAAACCCCCAUUUUGUAGAGCCAGUUUCAAAUGGGACACGGUUUGCAAUAACAGUAUCAUUUACAUGUGACCCUAAAGCUUCAAUAAAGGACCCAGGAGAGUAGAUUCUAUAUCAACUUGGAAGCAGUGGCGGACACUUGGGGGGGCGAGGGGGGCGACUGCCCCCCCAAUACUUUGGAGGACAAUGGUCUUUUGUUCUAAAACAAGGGGAAAUGUGAUGUCAUCUUAUUAAAACAAUAGGCUUGCCCCCCCCAAUAUUUGAUCAAGUGUCCGCCUCUGCUUGGAAGAUGCUAGAUUUUAGAAUAUUUUCGUAAAAUAUACUUACAUCUUCUCUUUAAAUCAAGGCUUUCUUGCAAAAAGAGUGGACAAUCUUCUUAAAAUUAAAGGGUUUGUGCAAGGAUAAAAACAUGCAUUUGCAAUGAGCAAAAAAAUCUAAAUAUGGAUAGAACCUAUCAUCAAAUAGGAGGGCAGUAUAAAGAAAUCAAAAUCCAAUCUUUCCAGCAAAGUAAACAACCAGCGUAAUCUGAUUAGGUAUCUCUUUGCAGCUAGCAAAAGAUAAGGUAAUCCAGGCUCAUUAUUUUUAGAUUUCAUAUUUUGCCUUUGCACAAAUGCUUUAAAAUUAUGAUUAAAACUAUUUCUUAGAUUGAAAUGUAUUAGGAUCAGAAGCAUCUGUAAGAUAGGUCAUUCAAACAUGAAUAAGAGAAUAAAUAUGCAUUUAUUUAAAUAUACAUCUAUGGUUUGUUGAAAAUUUUGCAACAGGAUUGCUUCGUGCUGCUCAAAUUUUCAGAACUAACAAAUCUAAUGUGCCUUUACUUCUGUUUAAUAACCUUUGCAGAAAUUGAAGAUUUUUGGUAGAGGGAUAAGUAGAGUUAA